UCUCGGCAGACAUGCCGCGUUUUUUGGCGCUGUGGAUGGGAGCUGUCUUCCAGUUUUGUCACGCAACGAUUUACACCAACGAGUGGGCGAUAAAAAUAAGAGGAGACCUUGAGUCUGUGAACAGGAUGGCAGAGAAAUAUGGAUUUACUAAUAUGGGUCAGAUUGGAGACCUGAAGAGUUACUACAGUUUCCGCCACCAACACACAGCGAAUCGGUCCACGGUGGGCAACAAAGAAGUGACUGUUAGCGUCGCCAAGGAGACCAAGGUGGAAUGGCUCCAGCAGCAGGUAGUCCAGAGAAGAACAAAACGGUCCUCAGGAGCCAGCUCUGACUCUUCCACCGACAUUAGGAUCCAACACGUUCCUGUUACCCAUCAUCAGUCCGGCCCCACCCAGACUCUGCACUUUAACGACCCAGUGUGGAACAGCCUGUGGUACACACACUGCAGUGAUGAGUCCAAAGGCUGCCAGUCACAUAUGAACAUUGCAGGGGCCUGGAGGAGAGGGUAUACUGGGAAGGGUGUGGUGGCGUCUGUCCUAGAUGAUGGCAUUGAGGGAGCGCAUCCGGAUCUGAAGCCAAAUUAUGAUCCCCUUGCCAGCUAUGAUGUGAACGGACAAGACCGGGAUCCUUCUCCGAAUUACUUCAACAAUGCUGCCAACUACCAUGGGACUCAGUGUGCAGGGAUGGUUGCUGCGGUUGCAAACAAUUCUCUGUGCACAGUCGGAGUCUCUUUCCACGCACGGAUAGGCGGCAUCCGUAUGCUGGAUGGAGAUGUGACCGACAUCGUGGAGGCCCAGUCCCUGAGCUUCAGGCCACAGUACAUUGAUAUUUAUCUAGCCAGCUGGGGGCCAGAAGAUGAUGGGUCCACUUUGGAGGGACCUGGGCCUCUGACUCGACUCGUUUUAAAGAACAGCAUUGAAACAGGCCGGAAAGGAAGGGGCUCUGUUUUUGUUUGGGCGUCAGGAAACGGAGGGCAGAGAGGUGACCACUGUUCCUGUGACGGCUACACCAGCAGCAUUUAUACUAUCUCCAUCAGCAGCAGCAGCACUCAACCUGGAAGGCAGCCAGAUUACCUGGAGCAGUGCUCCUCCACACUGGCUGCAGCUCACAGUGGCAGCGAGACAGACAAACUGGUUACCUUGGGCCCUGGGCAAAGCUGCAGCAGAGCUCAGUCCGGGACUUCUCUGUCCUCCUCCAUCGCUGCCGGUGUCAUUGCUCUCACUUUGGAAGCCAAUCCCUUGCUAACCUGGAGGGAUGUGCAGCACCUCGUUGUCCGCACGGCAAAAGCUCAUCACCUCAUCACUCCUGACUGGCGUGUGAACGGAGCCGGAUACAAAGUGAGCCACCUCUACGGCUUCGGCCUUCUGGACGCUGAGAGCAUGGUGAAGGAGGCUGAGCGUUGGAAACAAGUCCCCUCACAGCAUGAGUGCGUGGAGGAGGCUGCCAUCCAGCUGAGGAGAAUUAUUCAUCCGGGCUCGGUGCUGACAUCUGUGCAUGAGACUACGGGCUGCUCCGGCGAGGCCCCGCGGCACGUUGUUUACGUGGAGCAUGUCGUCGUCCGCCUCACCGUCGCUCACGGCCGGCGCGGCGACCUCUCCAUCACGCUCACGUCACCUUCAGGCACGGUGUCGCGGCUGUUAGCGAACAGGCCUCUUGACGACUCCACUGAGGGAUUUCAAAACUGGGAAUUCAUGACAGUUCACUCCUGGGGGGAGCAGGCGGCCGGGGAGUGGACUUUGAAAAUCCAGGAUACUCCCUCUGAGAAGAGAGACGGCACCAAACUAGGGAUGCUAAAGAAGUGGUCCCUGGCGAUUUACGGCACAGCGGAGCGGCCGUAUCCCACGCACCGCGAACGAGCCCGAUCGGCCGAGUUUCCGACGGACGGCGAUCUCACCGAAGAAUACAGCGGACCCUGCCACCCAGAAUGCAGUGACGAUGGUUGUGAGGGGCCGAGCCCGCAGCACUGUGUCACAUGCUUGCACUUUUUUCUCAAGUUCAAGAACAACACAAGGUUGUGCGUGUCCGAGUGUCCCCGGGGAUUCUGGGGUGACCGCCGGCGUUGCAAGAGGUGCUACUCUUCCUGUGAGAGCUGCACCGGGAGCCGCAGUGACCAGUGCACUUCCUGUCAGCCUGGUCAUCACCUGACUGAGGGGACCAAUGCCUGCACAGCCGUCUGCGAGGAUAACUACUACCUCGACCACGAUGCAAACAUGUGCAGAAAGUGCAGCGAAAACUGCUUAAAGUGCACCUCCUUCAGCAUCUGCACAGAAUGCAAACCUGACACAAGUCUGCAGGGGAACCGGUGCCAGCGGAGCUGCGAGGCCGGAUUCUACCACGACGCGCAGGAGGGCGCGUGCAAACCCUGUGACGAGGCCUGCGCCACCUGUGCAGGUGCAGGUGUCGAGGCGUGCAACCAUUGUGCAGAAGGCUACAUGACGGAGGAGUGGAGGUGCGUGUCCUCCUGCAGCGCCGGCUUCUACGCCGCCGAGCCAAGCCCGGAGAAAGCUGAUGGGCACAGGAUAUGUAGGAGGUGUGACGCCAGCUGUCUUACCUGCGCGGGGCCGAGCCGGGGGGACUGCAGCAGCUGUUCCGGCGGCCACAGCCUGCAGGAGGGAGCGUGUGUUGUCAACACCGCGUGCACAGGAGGAGAGUACCAGGACGGCGGCGGGAAGUGCCACGCGUGCGACGCAACGUGUCUGAAGUGCACGGGGCCGCAAAGCGGAGACUGCAUCAGCUGCGUCCCUUCACGGGCUCUGGAGGAGGGCCGCUGCGUGGCGACGUGCGCCAAGGGCAAAUACCAGUCGGGCGGCCGGUGCCACUUGUGCGACCACACCUGCGCCGCGUGCGUGGACGGAGGACCCGCCAACUGCACCAGCUGCGACACCGAUAAGUUUGGAGUGGAGCGCUACCUGCACCGAGGCCAGUGCGUGGACGCCUGUCCCGAGGCCUUCUACCACACCAAAGAGAAGGGCUGCGAGCCGUGCUCCGACCACUGCCAGCUCUGCGCCAGCCCCGGCCGCUGCCUCAAGUGCAACCCCUCCUACUACGUGUCGGACGGAGUGUGCACAAAGCUGGAGUGUGGAGAAGGGGAGGUGGAGGAUCCGGAUUACGACGAGUGCAUGGCCUGCGAGGAGGGCUGCAGGAAGUGCGUCUUGUAUAACCCCAGGCACUGCCUGUCCUGCACUGAGGGCUUUUACAAUUUUCAGGAUGGCUGCUACAGAAACUGCCCAGCUAAGACGUACAGCGUGGAGGAGGAGAUGACCUGCGUUCCGUGCGACAACAACUGUGUGAGCUGCGACGAGCACGAGUGCUACUGGUGUGAGACCGACCUCUUCCUGUCAGAGGGGAAGUGUGUUUCCGUGUGUCCCGAUGGCUUCUACGGGGACGAGGACACCAACGACUGCGAGGAGUGUCACUCAGACUGCGAGACGUGCGACGGCCCCGAGGACCAGGACUGUCUGUCGUGUGAGGAGGGGAAGACGCUAGGAAAUGGAGAGUGUGUGUCCGACCACGAGGCCUGUCCCAUUAACACCUUCCUGAGCGGCGACGGGGCUUGUGAGGACUGCCACACAUCCUGUGAGUCCUGCUCCGGAGAGCAGAAGAACCAGUGCACAAAAUGCGCAACAGGGCGGUUUCUGACCACGCAGCAAACAUGUGUGUCCAAGUGUCCGGCGGGCUUCUUCGCCAGCCGGCCGAGCGGCGCGUGCGAGGCGUGUCCUCCAGGCUGUUCGCAGUGCGUGGACGCUCAGCGCUGCAGCCGCUGUCAGAGCACUCGCAGAGCUCAGCUGUACCUGCAGGACGGGAAGUGCGUUCAGGAGUGCGACAGCAGAGGUUUUCCUUCGGGCCAGGUGUGCCGUAGCUGCUCUCCCGGCUGCGCGUCCUGUGUGAGGAACGCCACCCACUGCCUCAGCUGUGAAGAACCUCUGCUCCUGCACAAGCACCAGUGUGUGGAGGAGUGUCCUCCGGCGCACACUGUCCGGGACGGGGAGUGCCAGCGCUGCCCCUCGGCCUGUCAGGAGUGCAGCCCGCUCGGCCUUUGCACAGGCUGCGAGGAGUAUCACUUCCUCCACGAGGGCCUGUGCGUGACGGACUGUCCCGAGAGGUUCUUCGAGGACAAGGAGCGAGGGGAGUGUCUGCGCUGCCACGCCGACUGCGCUUCGUGCGACGGCCCAAACGGCGACGACUGCGACGAAUGCCUGGACCCCGACGCCACCCUGCACACGGGGGCGUGUCUGCCGGCCUGCCCCUCCCACACCUACAGGGACGCCGUGACAGGACACUGCAAAGACUGUGAUGCCUCUUGCCUCACAUGCUUCGGGCCUCACGCUGGCUCGUGCACCAGCUGCCGAGAGGAUCAGAGGCUGGACGGCCACAACCGCUGCACGCCGUCACCCGGCAAGUGUUUGCCCCACCAGUACGCCGACCAGGACGGAGAGUGCCGCCACUGUCACAAAUACUGCCACAGGUGUUCGGGUCCCGGCCAGACCCACUGCCUGAGCUGCAACCCGAGACACCUCCUGCUCAAUGGCACCUGCGUGGACGAAUGCCCGGCGGGCCACUACGAGGAGGGGUCGGGGCAGAAGUGCGAGCCCUGCCACGCUUCCUGCCAGUCCUGCGUCGGAAAGCACAGCCACGAGUGUCUCACCUGCAGAGCCCACCUAUUUCGAGAGGGCAAAGAGUGCGUGGAGACCUGCCUGCACAGUCACUAUGGAAACGCCGCCUCGGGGAUGUGCGAGAAGUGCGACCCGAGUUGCGGCGAGUGCAUCGGCGGAGGGGAGGACAGCUGCCUGAGCUGCGCCCCGGGCCUCGUUUACCUGCGGAGGGAAGGCCGCUGCCUCCCUUCGUGCCCUCAGGGAUACUACCACGAUGCUGCGCACAGAACCUGCGAGUCCUGUCAGGGCAGCUGCAGAGCGUGCUCAGAGAAAGAUUCCUGUGACUCGUGCUACCCCGGAUACCUGCUGCUGUCAGACGGCAGGUGUGAGUCCAUGUGCGAAAAAGACCAACAUCCUGUAAUAAAGGGUUCGGGCUACGCUUGUGAAGACUGUGACAGCUCCUGUGAGGAGUGCAGAGGGCCCGGUCCGUCCAACUGCACCUUGUGUCCCGAUCAGGCCAUAUUAGAAGCUGGGGGGAGAUGUCUGCUUUGCUGCCGCCACGAAGAUGAGGGGGAGGAGGAGGAGGAGGAGGAGGAUGUCGCAGCACAGCAGCAGGACUGUUGCAACUGCACCGAGACUCGAGGAGAAUGCAUUCUCAGCACCAACUUGGCAUUUAGGAAUGAGGAAGAAGAGGAGGCCAGAGGUAACCUGACCAUCUUCAUCAUCGCCUGCGUCCUGCUGGUGCUGGCGCUGGUGGCCGUCGCCUUCCUCAUCAAACACUCCCGGUCCAAAAAGACGCAAUCGGACCUCCCUCCCCGCGGCUACGAGAAGCUGGGCUCCGGAGGAGGGGGGUUCGGAGGCGGCAGCAGACACGGCGGCUCCGCGUCCUACGGCGGCCGAGCCAGCUCCUCCGGGGGCCGCUUCCAGGAGUCUCAGCUGGUCGACAUGAGCGAGCGUCGCCCAGGGAAUAAGGACGAGGACGACGAUGACGACGACGAUGACGACGAGGACAUCGUUUACAUGGGCCAGGACGGCACAGUGUACAGGAAGUUCCGCUACGGACAGCUGGGAGAGGACAAUGAGGACGAGCUGGAGUACGAUGACGAGAGCUACGCGUUCCGGUGAACCGUGAAAAGUCCACUACAGAAACAUUUGUUCCACUUUCCUCUGGAUUCUUCCCUCUCCCUCUGUGCUGUUUAUCUGACUGCCCUGAGGGACAGACCCAUUUAUCCUUCAGUGAACGAGCUAAACCAAAUCAGACACGAGAAGCUAUUUAUAAAGAGCUGCUUCUUACAACUUACUGUUCAUUCACAAAAUGAAAUGAGCUGCAGGAAAAAAAAAAUGAGUCCACGUUUUCCAUAUUUAAGCUUCAUUUUCUAGACUGCGUUUGGAUUACGAGUUCCCAUGUAGUAGUUUUGACACUUUCAUUGAUCAUAUUAUCUCCUCUCUUCUUGUUGUAGUGUUGCGUUUUUAAAGUUGAUCAGUCAUGCUGUUUCUUUGUAUUUAUGGAUUUUAAUUUAAAAAAUGUGUUGUCAUUCUGUUCAAAUAAAGUCUUGAUAAAAAUCCGUCACAACAGAA